CGCUCUCCUCCCUGCGUCAUUCAUCAUAAUCCUUUGCGCAUCAUGCCUGCAAUCGCUUCAGAGACUACCAAGCGGAAAGCAUCGGAGGAGGUACUCUCCCCAGAUUCCCAGCAGCGGAGCAAGAAGGCGCGCACUGACUCCCCGGACAAGGAAUCCAAGUCCGACGAUGAACUUUUGGAUAAGCCGCCGAGAAUCGUUCCCUUCCCGGAGAAGCCUGCAGUUCUCGAAGAACGUCACGGCGAGAUUGAAUUCCGCGUGGUCAACAAUGAUGGUUCUCGCGAUAGCUUCGUCGUUCUCACCGGCCUGAAAUGCAUCUUCCAGAAACAGCUCCCGAAAAUGCCGAAAGACUAUAUUGCGCGACUGGUCUACGAUAGGUCGCAUCUGUCCUUGGCCAUCGUCAAGCAUCCUCUGGAAGUUGUAGGCGGAAUCACGUACCGGCCGUUCAACAGUCGCCGAUUUGCCGAAAUCGUCUUUUGCGCCAUCUCUUCCGACCAACAAGUCAAGGGAUACGGUGCGCAUCUGAUGUCUCAUCUUAAGGAUUACGUCAAGGCAACAUCGGACAUCAUGCACUUUCUGACCUACGCCGACAACUACGCCAUUGGUUACUUCAAGAAGCAGGGAUUUACAAAAGAGAUAACACUUGACAAGUCUGUAUGGAUGGGCUAUAUCAAAGAUUAUGAGGGCGGUACUAUCAUGCAGUGCACCAUGCUACCAAAAAUACGGUACCUCGAGGUCGGCCGCAUGCUUCUGAAGCAGAAAGAAGCCGUCCACGCGAAGAUCCGCGCCUUCAGUCGCUCGCAUAUCAUCCAUGUGCCGCCGAAGGAGUGGAAGAAUGGGCCGUGCAAGAUCGAUCCACUGAGCAUCCCAGCCAUCAAAGAGUCGGGGUGGUCACCGGACAUGGAUGAAUUGGCACGUCAGCCACGCCACGGACCAAACUACAACCAGCUACUGCAUCUCCUCAACGAUAUGCAGAAUCACAGCGCGGCGUGGCCAUUCACCCAACCGGUCAAUCGGGACGAAGUUCCGGACUACUACGAAGUCAUCAAGGAGCCCAUGGACUUGUCGACAAUGGAAGAAAAACACGAGAAGGACAUGUACCCGACGCCGCAAGAUUUCAUCAAGGACGCCAUGUUGAUAUUCGAUAACUGCCGGAAGUAUAAUAACGAGAAUACGCCCUAUGCAAAGAGUGCCAAUAAACUUGAAAAGUUCAUGUGGCAGCAGAUACGAAAUAUCCCCGAGUGGUCGGUGAGUAAUCCAUCCCGUGCUAUAUCAGUCUCUAUCAAUUCCUUGAUUGCUAACAUGCCACAGCACUUGGCCGAUGGCCAUUGAUAGGCUGGUGAUGUACUCUGCGGGCUUGGAGUUUUGGAUGGCUUUUCUUUUCUGUGACAUGAGCAAAUACCCCGGUGUUGAGAACUUGAUGCAUUUUAGCUUUAGCCUUG